AUGGCAUCAGGUUUUCGCUCCAGCUUCAUCGUGGAUCACCACGAAGGGAUCGUGGCGAGGCCCGAGCUUCAUGAGCGCCCGGGCCUCAUCUGCGACCGGGGCCAGAAGCUCUGCCACAACGCCGCCGGCGCCCGGUGGCUCCGGAUCCGCGACGUCACGGGGAACUGGACCCAGUGGCGGCCCUACGAAGCCCAGAGCGAGUGGAGGGCAGUCUCAGGCGUGGGCGUGCUGGUGCAGUACCAUGCCGAGGGCAGCUCCAGCUACAUCGCAGGAGAUUGCUUGAUUCGAACACUACUUCGGUGUCACAGUUCUUGGCAUCAUCGGAUGCAUUUGCGUGGCGAGUUCAACUCCUGGGGCGACGAGCCGGAUUGGCCCAUGAGGCUGGUGGACCAUUUCACGUGGGGCGCCAACUUCACCGCGGACACCUUCCUCAAGGUGAAGUUCGCUCCGGGCACUGGCUGGUCGCAGUCCUAUGGCAUCCACCCCACGCGGAAGCUGCUCUAUGGGCUGCCCAUGUUCGAUCCGCGCAGUAAGGACUUCGAGGUGGAGCCCUACCGCUCCGGCGCCGAGGCGAGUCGCAGGUGGAUGUUGGAGCGUGGCUUUUGGUCGUCCCAUGAAUCCAUGGCCACCUCCGCCGACUUUGCCGCUGACAUUUGGAUCUCCUACCUUUGCACGCCCGAGCCGCCCCCCUGUCCACCUCCUGCGGAGGGCGAGGAUGGAUGGCAAUGCCACAGCUACAGGAAGGGGGAGAACCUCGAUUGGUGCGCUUCGGUGGGCACCGUGGGCUGUGUGAGCUAUGCUCUUCAAAACUUCUCCUCAGAGAUGACCAGCUGUGGCCAGUGCGACUGUUGCUGGCGCCCGGUGAUUCAGAUCCCCACGGCCGAGCCCCAGACAUGUUGCAUCCUCUUUAACGACCUGCUGCUGAACUACACGAUCACGCCGGACCUCUCGCGGUGUCGUGCCGCGGAGGUGCAGCUGGCACCGUCCUGGGUGUUGACCUCGAGCUCCAUCUAUGAGGGUCAGACACCAGGCCGCUGUGAGGACAGCAGUGCAGCAGGCUCCGAGCAAGAGGUGCGAGAAGUGGUGGAGGAUGAGCAUGACGUGGCUUGCGCAUCAACGGAGAAUGACUCCUGGAUCACCGUGGUGGCCACCGUGGGAUGGGCGUUUCUGUGGGUCGUUUUGCUCCUGUGCCAUUCCUGGAGCCGCUUAUACCUCAGCGUCGUCCGAGAGGCAUCACCGGAGAGAUGCAGACCACAGGCGAGAAACGAAUCCCACGUGGUGGUGCCAGAGGAACCCAAGCGGCACGUUCUGCUGGCCUCGAUCGAACAUCACGUGCCGGAACGCCACAUCAACGCCUUCACCGGUGAAACUGGUGCCUUCCUUCAAGACUUCAUCCAGGAGCAUCCGGCGGGGAGCUUGAGCUUGGUGCAUCCCAUGUUGAACAUGGACUACGGACACUUAGAGUUGUACUCGGAGCUGGCGGUCGUGGUCGAUGGGAAGAUCCAGACCGUGGAGGUCUUCUUCCUCGACUCGCAGGAUCCCAUCGAACACGACGUGAGGUGGUACUUCCUGCGCCACGAGCUCUUCUCCGAUCGCACGCAGGAGAGCUUGUUCCCACAGCCCAUGAGCAAAAUCCGAGCACUGCGCUUCUACUCGCUCUGGAAUCAGGCACUGGCCAUGCUCUUGGAGGCUUUGAAGCCCGAUGUCUAUCACUGCUUGGACUCGCACCAAGCAUUAGCUCCGCUCUACAUGGAGAAGCAGAUACCAAUGGUGCUCUUGCUCCGCGACCCCUGGACGAUGGUCUCCGUGGACUCGGACUUCAUCGGCGACCGCUUCUGGAAGACCGUCUCGCAGAUGCGGCGCAUGAGCCUGGUCUUUAAUCUGAAGAUCCACACCAUCCGGAGGUAUUGUCUUUUUGAAGGACGCUUCAACCUCAUGAGCGCCGGAGUGCGGUACAUCAGCGAAACGCAACGUGGCCGCGGCUUGUGCGUCCUGAGCGUCCCCACGGCGCGGCAGCUCCGCCGCGAGCACCGCUUGCUGCAGUGGCGGCCGUUGGAAGCCUUGGAACACCCUGGGGGCCGCGAUCCAGACGAGGCAGAGGUGCUCGACCUGGACGCCUUGAAGCGACAGAAGGACCAAGCGCGGCGCGCGUUGCAGCAGCAUGCCGGCUUGGCCGAAGCGGAUGCCAAGGUCCUCCUCUUCGUGGGGCCUUGGGCACACCACGCAGGCAGGAAGGAGAGCCGUGGACGGGCAAGGCCUCAAGAUGAGUUGAUUGAGAAACUGGAAGAAGAUCCUGACCAGGAGCUCUUGAAGGUGCCAGAGGUAAGAGUGGCUUUCCAGCCUUUCUGUCACAGCUACAGCGAUGAGCUGCUGCAGGCAGCAGAGGAGGCUAGCGAGCCGGAGCUGCAGGAGAUCUUGAGGAAGUUCCAGGACCCCAACGUGUGCGAUGACACCGGCGAGACGGCGCUGAUGAAGGUGGUGAACGCCACGGCGCUGGUGGUGCGACCGGGAGACAUCACGGGAGACAUCAUGGCGUGCUUGGAAUUGCUGUUGUCCGCUCGGGCAGAGGUCAACCAGUGCUGCAAGGAAGGCCGUUCGGCGCUUCAUUUGGCAGCUUCGAUGAGCUUGGCGAAGAUCGUGAAGCUCCUGCUCAGGUCGGGCGCUGAUGCCAACCUGAAGGCCAUGGACGGGACCUGUGCUAUACAUUUGGCCGCGCAAUACGGGAGCUUGGAGGUGGUGCAGCUCCUGGACGCAUCAUCCUCAGAGGACCCUUUGAGCGCCGUCCAGAAGAUGUGUACUGACACUUGGACCAUUCCAGCCGAUGCCAUCCGAUCUCAGAUGUUGGACCACCUUCGUCUCUCUCGGCGGACAUGUCCCUUUGGACGCUUUGACUCGCCGGUGGCGAAUCGGUGCGUCGAGCUCCUCGCGGAGGUGGUGCCACAGAUCUUGAGCCGCCACGAGCAGGCGCAAGUGAUCCUUUGCGGCCUUUGUAGCGACCUGUCCGGCGUCAUGGCGCAGGACGCCUUGUGCCGCGUGAUGCCCUCCUUCCGGGGUCGACUGUGCUUCCUCUCGGAGCGCUACCUUUUGCCGGAGGAGUUGCGUGGAGGUGUGGACUUCCUUUUGGCGCCCUUCCUCUCGGAGCCCGUGGGGCACACCGACGUGGAGCUGGGCGUACCAACCAUUGGAUGUGCGGCUGGAGCUUUAGGUCGUACUCCAGGGGUCUACUUCCAUCAGCAGAACAGCUUGGCGCCCGAGAUGUUGAAGAGCGGCUUCUUCGGAGCCCUGGACUUCGCCCUGAACAUGCCGGACGAAGACUACUGGAACUUGGCGGAGGCCGCACACCAUGCACGCUCCUUUCAGGCCGAGCAGUGGCGCCCGGACCUCUCUCAGGUCUAUGACGAAGUGCAGCGAGUCUUUCAGGGGCGGCGAAGCGAUGAUCAGGAGCCGUUUGACGAUCGGCUUUGGAACAACGCAGCCUCGCAGGAGGACUUGCAGAGUGCCAUUGCGCCACGCAGGAGCUCCAGCCUUCGGCCAGUGAGUUCCACUGCCGACCUGGCACACCAGAUGCAGGUCCUGGACAUCGACGAUGAUGCCGAGUUCCUCACCCAGCCGGUGAGCGAGAGCCGGGCGCAGGAAAUCAUGAAGGCGGUGGCGGAAUCCUUGCCGUACUUCUCGGAUCACAUGGAUGCGGGCGAUCUGCAACGGGAUAUCUCACAGGCGCGACAGCGCUUGCAAGAACGAAACCAUAUGACCCGAGGACUGAUGAAGCCCUUCUUGCGGGGCCUUUGCCUCAGGAUUCACCUGGUGAUGGCCAUUUGCUACGUCACCUCCUCGGUGGGUGAACUGCUGCUGCAGACCAUCGAGGUGGAGGGCGAAGGUCGGGCGCCCUUCGGGGAGUUGUGGUUGGCCUUCUACGGCGGAGCCUCCUUGGGCGGUCUCUUCUGGUUGGCAUUGUCCUAUGGCAUCCCGCCGAACUUGCUGAUGACCGCGUCCCAGGCCCUGAGUUUGAUGGCCUUCCUUCUGCUCCCCAUGCUGCCGGAGCAUCUCUACGAAGCCGACUGGUCCUACUUGAGCUAUGCCGCCAUGUCCGGCGUCCAAAGCUCCUCGAAGCUUCUCUUCAUCCUCUGGAACUUCAACGAGGAGAACGAACAUGGAUUCCAGGUGGCGAUUUGGCGCCUGGCCCUGCUGGAAGCUUUGCGGCGGAGCGUCUCCUGGUUGGCCUUGGUGGCCACCUAUGCGGGGAAGUUAUGGAUCUACAAGCAGGUGCUUUUCGUGGUCUCGUUCACCUCCUUGGUGCUCUUGUUCAAGGCUCCAUACUGCUACGCCACCCACGUCCUGCCAAGUACCAGCGGAGCCUUGGGCCCGAGUGUUUGGUUCCUGCUGCUCUCCGAGAUCUGCAACUCCCUGGGCAGCUACGGUCAGGAUGUGCGGAACUGGCUGGCCUUGAACGGUUGGACGGGCGAAGAGAUCCAACUGAUGAUCCUCGUGGUCAUUGGUGCUUUGCCACUGCUCCUGCAUCCCUCGUUCAGCUGGUUGAGACGCCAACAGGUGUGGGGCCCAUGGCCACUGCGUGAUUUCGCUUGCCUUUUGCCCAGUGGCACGCUUCUGCGAAGUGUGGCCAUCUUCGAAUCCAGAGGGCAGAGCCGUUCCCACACCUUCGUUGCAGCGUUGCUCUUCUCGGUGCUGGUGGAUGCUGCCAGGUACGCGGCCAUCGCCUCGUCUCUGAUGACAGUCAUGGGCAGUCGCUGGAACGCCCUAAAGGGCUGCUACUUGGCCUCCUCCCUGAUCGCGAUGGCUGCCGCCAUGUCCCCGUGGCUUCUGCAGUGCAUCACAGAGAAGUUGGGUUUGGUCUCUCUUGAGGAUGGAGACGCAGACCUCCUGGAGUUAGGUCGUUCCACCUUCUGGGCCACGGCACCAUUGGCUCUGCUCGGCUAUGUCUUUCAAGCCUCCACAGUCUUCUUCUUCGAGAAAGAGGUGCUGACCUUCAAGGGCCCAGGCUGUUGGUCCGAUGGAUCCAAAGCGCCCGGUCUUCGAUGGCUUUGGGUGGCUCAGGUGCGGCAACACAUGCGAGCUGCCAAGGCGAAACUGGGUCAACUGCAGGAGCGUCUUCAGGCUGAAGAGCUGGAUUUGGACCAGGUACAAGCGGUGAUCGAAGAGAGCUUUGCCGCCAACCUGCCGUCCUUACUGAUCUCGCCCAAAGGCGUGGGGAAGCAGAUCUGGGACACUCCAAAGAAUGAGGUCCGUCCGAUGCAGGAGCCGGAGGAGGAAGAGGACCUCCCCGUGGCCGAUGAACACAAAGGCGUAUUCUCGCCUCGUGACGAGAGCAGUCCGGUGAUGAACGAGGACAAGGCGAACUGGGAGCCUCGUGGACUGCCAGCGAAGGACGCCCUGGCAUCGAAGAGCGUCGUCUCCUUCAAGACGGAGCUGCCGCCCAGCGUCGAGGAGAGUCAGGAAGACAAGGACGCCACCACCACGGUGAGCAUUCCUUCCUUUGACGUGACGCCGAUGGCCCCUCACGAUGUGCCUCCUCAGGAUGAAGGUGGCGGCGGCAUUGACCCUUCUGCAGAGGCUGAGGACUCCGACUCUGCCAGCUCAGUGCCUGCGGAGCGGUCCUCGUCGGAGCUGCAGGAGGACUCUGGAAAGGGCCUGAAGUUAGAGGAAGAGGUUCCAAGCGAAGUCUUGAGCCAGGAGCCGGAGCUGGCCAGCGUUGCCAGCCUUGAGGAGGAGCAGCGCUCUACAAGUUUGGUGGAAGAGGAGCCGGAGACGGAACAGACUCCUGGUGUCCGAGAGCCAUGA